AUCAGAUUUCAGUGGUUUUUAAUCCGGGGAAAUGGAGCAGCAUCGCGGCAGGUCGUCUGUGAAUCAACAGUAUAUUUCAGAUCAGUUCAAGAAAAAUGACGAGACGUUUAGAAACACCAUGGAGCGGAUUUUUAAAAAGUACGCAAGUUUAGGUGAUGCAGGACCUGAAGUCUGUCUUAAAACAAUGACCAUCACAUCUACAGAAGGUACUGUGCCUUUGUACAGCACCGAAGCAGAAGAGGAGUUGGAACAAUUAAGGAACAAUGUCAAAGAGAUUCCAGUGCAGGACUUGGAUAAUCCUCAGGAAGACCAGAGUCUUUUGGAUCAAGAUAUGGAUGUAACAAUGAACCAUUCCCACCAGGUGGAGAACAGCAACAGCAGCCUGUGGUGUGGUUCGGAGACAUCUCAUCUCUCUCUGAAAUCAUUCAGCUCUCGUAGCUGCUUGUGGGGCGAGCUGUCUCAGCCCGAGGAAGACGACCCGGAUUUGGAAAGAACACUAAACAGCAACGGUAGUACUCUGUUAGACAUCUAUCCAAGCAUGCUGAACCAGAUUGGCGAGGCGUAUCGACGUCAGCACACGACCGAUGCGGCUAGUGCCAUCUUGCGCAGAUACCAUCGCAAGCGCUGGCAGUCAUCCCAAGCACAGCACCACAAUCGUGACUUGAAGAAGAAAAGAGAGAGCUUGUUCGCGGCCUCAAAACCCCCCCAUGAUAACAUCAUAAACGAUCAGAGACGCAAGUUUAAGUAUCAGGGAUCUCCACCUCACAAAAGCACACGGGACUUUUCCCCAAUGAAGGGUAUCAGUAAUGCUUCUGUCGUUUCCACGGCUUGUUUUUAUUCACCAAGAAGAGAUGAUGCGGAGAAAAGGGCGGGAGUGGAAAAUGUGUCCUGGUGGACAGGCCGACCCUCAAAAAGUGAGUCUCCAUAUCAACCUGUACGUGUGCUGGACCUUUCGACGCCGCCGUCUUCUGCUUCCUCCUCCCCAUGUUCUCCAUCACCAGAUCUCAACCAGACCUACAUUGUUGAACCUGUCCCUUUGCCAAGAUCUCCUGGGCUUCCAGCUUCUUCCGUCUUUGGCCCAACCUGGUCACCAUUAAAACUGGCCAGAAUGUCUUCUUUUGCAAGCCAAGGAGGCAAGAAUGUUCAUUCCUCACCAUCUUUCUAUCACUCAGGUCUGCACAGGGAAAACAACAAUUUUCUACAGAAACCAGGUUUUCUUUCUCAACUAAGGAGUCCUCUAAAGGCCAGAAUUAGCCAGGAACACGACCAGCAAACCUCUUUGUCCUAUCCCAAACGAGUGUCGCCUGCGAUUCAUACCUCCGAGAAGUCCCACCGUCUGAGACCUUAUCCGUCUCCAUGCCAGCAAAUCCCACCCCUUCAGGAAACUUCCACCAAACACCUGAAGCGUCGGCUAUCCUUGCACAGCUGCUAUUCCCCGUCCUCUUCCGUCUCCCAGAUCCCGAGCAGGCAGAUUGACGCCGAGUUCAUGAGUCUGUAUCAUCAUUUUAUCUGUUGCAGCACCAAUCCUACAUCUUCCUGUCACCUGUGCAAGAGGCGCUCAGGGCUCAGUCCUACCCCGUCCUCUACGAGCAUGUCCGCACUGUCUUUGACACCUGUACGGAGCAGACUAAAGAAGCGACAUCGUGAGCCAGAGGUAACGGAGUCCUUGCGCUUCAAGCGUUUCCGUGAGAGCUGUUCUCCACGCCGAACCACCCAAUUCUGGCCGAAGCAGCAGCACCAGGCAAACACCUUUGUCAAUACCACAAGAGUGGAGUCCAAUGAGGACAAAUACACCUGGAACAGAGCUCUUCUCUUGCAGUGUCCAAGCCCAGGAUUCCUCACAGCCAUUAGACAGCAUCGAAAAAGUACAUCAGGAAGCAAUGGGAAAGGACCAGGCUCCAGACUGGACCUGCAAACACAACACUACUCUCCUGGUCCAUCUUGGAGAGAUUCACUGAGAUGUAGUGCUGAAGGUGAGAAAUAUUACGUCUCUGAAGCGUAUGCAGGCACCAGGUCACCAAUGAGACCCUGGGAUCAAAGUGAUUCAGUCUCUCCAAGGCUGUCAAGGAGGCGACUUCUGUACGGACCUCUCCAGUGAUGAGUGUUCCCUAUUCUCUUUUGGGACGCCUGAUUUACAAGAAGCCAUUUCCAGCAAUGUACCAGAUUUGUACAGUUGCCAAGAAAGUCAGACUGGAAACAUUACAUUCCACAGUCUCCAGUGUAGACAUUGAUUUAAAACUUGCUUGUGAAAAUCCUAGGAUUAUAACCGGGAUAAAGCCACUAGAAGCAAAAAAAAAAAAAAAAACAUUUUUGAACUAGAAUAUUUUCUAAAGGCCUGUCCAGUUUAUCUAAAUGAUCUUGCUUUCCAAUAACUUCUGUAAUAUAGUUUAUUACAUUUUAAAAUCUGAACUUAAGUAUAGACAAUACCCAAGAGUCUUGAUGUUUUGUUUGUAAAUGCCAGUUGUGUGUUCGUAAUGCCUGUAAACCAAUUUUAAUAAAUAAGUUGACUUUCUACAUUAAAAUAAUCAA